AAAACGAGCAGACCUAUAUACAUACUACCAGAUACUACGCUCUUACUGCACUCAGUACUCUCACACUCUCACUGCAACCGGUGACAUAACCUUUCACGUCAACAUAACCGUAAUCUGCCUGCCCCUUGUAAUUACAAGUUUUUAAAGCAGUUUACUUGGAUCGAUCGAUUGAUUUACAAUUAGGUAUGGUUUUCUUAUCGUUGAACCUUUUAAUCAGAGCCCGCGGGCCUGACGAAUUUUGGCGAAAGCGGAAAAUAUUCAAGCUUGCCGCGCAUUAUAUCGGCAGAAGGAGAAAUUGUUACAGUAUAACUAUCAGGAACGUACAUAGAGCUCUAACAUAUUGCACUCGAGGCAGACAAUUGAAGAAGGAAGAUAUGAAAGAGCUGCGGGAGCAGAGGCUAGAAGCUGCUACGAGCGAACAUGGUAUAAAUUUUGCGACCCUUAAAGAAGGAUUAACGAGAUGUAACAUUCUAUUGAAUCGAAAGUCACUGGCUGACUUGGCAAUUUGGGAACCUCGAUCUUUCAAAGCUAUUACCGAUGUCGCAUGCGCGAGAGCGAAGCAAGACCAUUUCAAGGCUACUACAAAUGUUCAAGUACCAAAGAGCGUUAUCGUAAGGGGUUUAAUCAAAUAAUCCUUCACAAGUUGUGCAAAUAAAGUAACAAGUUUUCUUCUUUCCA